AUGCAGCGACAGCAACAACAACUGCAGCAGCAGCAGCAGCAAGCGACGAAAGGGAGCGGCAAGGUAGAGACGCAAGAGAAGCAACAGCAGCAACAACAACGCCAGCAACAGCAGCCGCAGCAACAGCAGCAGCAACAGCAGCAGCAGCAGCAGCAGCAGCAACAGCAACAGCAACAGCAACAGCAAACGCUGCAGCAGCAGCACCAACAGCUGCAACGCCCGCAGCAGCAGCCUCAGCAGCAGCACCAGCAGCAUCAGCAGCAUCAGCAGCAGCAUGAGCGGCACCAUCACCACCACCACCACCACCACCAUCAGCAGCAGCAGCAGCAACAGCAGCAACAGCAGCAGCAGCAGCAUCUCCACCACCACCAUCAUCACCACCCCAGCAACAGCAGCAGCACCAGCAGCAGCAGCAGCAGCAGCAGCAGCAGCAGCAAGGUCUCCACUGACAGCAGCAGGAGUUUUCGCUGCUGA